AUGUCGGUGUCUCUGUCCAGUAUCCCUGUCGUGCUGAAGGACAAGAGCUACCAAAGCAGCAUGCUGAAGGGUAGUCCCGCUCGGGGCUUCUACCAUGCCCCUCUCCCCUGCACCCAUCACUUCAUGGACUUCUUCCCGCAGACUCACAGCCUCCUCCAUCCACUCAAGUCCCUCGGUCGUCUGGUGUCUGACACCCAGGCGUCCCUUCCGCUCAGCCUGCACGGCGGAGCCCCUCAGUUCCUCGGCCAGGGCGGCCACCACGCCUCGGUCCUGCACCAACACGUGUUGAGCGCCUCCGGCAUCCCCUACCUGAGCCAGAUGUUGACCGGGCACCCUCUCUACUCCAAACCAGAGGAGCUGGCUGCUGUGGUGACCGAGCACGCCGCCGGUCCGCUGUCCACAGACUUCAGCAGCCCGUCCAGUGAAAGGUCCUCCUCGGCCUCUUCCUCCGCCACCUCACCACCCAAGGAGAGUUUGUCUCGCCUCCGGGCCGCGGACCUGUCACCAGAAAAAACACGCACAUCUUAUAAUUUUAGCGAGGACGACUUGUUCGCGGUGCUGUAUGGUUAUUCUGGGAGCCACGAGCGCAGCGUGGGUCACGCUAUAUCAGGAGUGGUCCUGCCCGAAAACUCAGUUUCUGAUUCUCACAUUCUCCCACUGGACAAAGAAACACUUGAACUUCCAGAAGGUUUAGCUGUCCUGCAGGCAGCUUGGGGAAACGUGUCCCAUUGUGGAGUUUUCACAGACAAAAGCAGUAUCCCUAAAGGGACACGCUUCGGCCCUUUCCAAGGAAAACUAGUCAACACCAGCGAGAUGAAGACAUACGAUGACAACACCUUGAUGUGGGAGGUGUUUGAGAACGGCCGCUUGAGUCACUUUGUGGAUGGCAGAGGAGGAUCAGGGAACUGGAUGUCCUUGGUGAAGUGUGCUCGUUUCCCAGAGGAGCAGAACCUGAUUGCUGUGCAGGUCCAGAGUCAGAUCUUCUACGAGGCCUGCAAGGAGAUACGGCCAGGCCAGGAGUUGCUGGUGUGGUAUGGAGACUGCUACAUACAGUUCCUCGGCAUCCCACUUACCCUGAAAGACCCCAGAGAGGACAGCAGCGUGGUUCCUCCCACAGAAGAUACUGGAGAGGGCUUCAAGUGUGACAGAUGUGGGAAGGUGUUUGCAUACAAAUACUACAGAGACAAACAUCUGAAGUACACACGGUGUGUGGACCAGGGCGACAGAAAGUUCCCCUGCCACCUCUGCAACAGAUCUUUCGAGAAAAGAGACAGAUUAAGGAUCCACAUCUUACACGUUCACGAGAAACACAGGCCUCACAAGUGCUCUGUGUGUGGAAAGAGUUUCUCCCAGUCGUCCAGUCUCAACAAGCACAUGCGCGUGCACUCUGGAGAAAGGCCAUACAAGUGUGUCUAUUGUAAUAAGGCCUUCACUGCCUCCAGUAUUCUGCGCACACACAUCCGCCAGCACUCCGGGGAGCGGCCCUUCAAGUGCAAGCACUGCGGGAAGGCUUUUGCCUCCCACGCUGCCCAUGACAGCCACGUCCGGCGGACCCACGCCAAAGACAAGCCAUACACCUGCGACCUGUGCGGAGCAACUUUUCAAGAGGAGCAGGAGCUUAAAUACCACAUGAAAAGUCACAAAAGUAUACAAAUGUUGGACAGCACAGUUCUUCAGUCUUCUCCGGGGACCGGAUUACAGGCGGACUCUGUGAUUCCAGUGAAGGACAAUCCAACAUUACAGACAAAAGCCGGACAAAACUUUCCUUACACCGGGUUAACCCUUUCAAAUCAGGAAUAUCGGCCCUGGAACUAG